AUGGUAGAAUAUCCCGAUGUUGCAGCCUUUGAUUUAGAUUACACUGUUUGGCCGUGCCAUUGUGAUACCCAUCUAUGUCCACCAUUUAAAGCCGUUAAAAGUCCUAAUGGAGAAGUAUUAACAGUUGUUGAUAGUCGUGGCUUUGUAUUAAAAUUAUUUAGAGAUAUUCCAAAAAUAUUCUGUGAUUUGUUGGACAAUGAUGUUAAGUUGGUUUCUGCCUCAAGAACAUGGGCACCAGAAAUUGCUAAAGAUUUGUUGAAAUUAUAUAAGAUAGAAUAUAACGGCAAAUUAAUUUCUUUGAAGGAACUUUUUGUGGAAUCUGAAUGGGGUGAAAGAAGUAAAACAGGACAUCUAAGAGAUGCAGUAAAAAAAUUAUAUGGGCAUGAAAAUUUAAAGAAAUAUAAAAUGUGUCUAUUCGACGAUGAAGGGCGUAAUAGAGAUGUUGAAAAGCAAGGUGUGAAGUUUGUUUACGUCAAGGAUCCAGAACAUGGACCAACAUGGAAACUUUAUCAAGACUAUUUGAAUGGGAAAUUAUAA